GUUUAGGGAGUGUCACUACAAUAGUUGGAGCAGAACCGUAUCUGUUCAUAGAACACAGAACAGCUAAUACCUGACAUCAACAUGAGCACCGCAGGAAAAGUCAUUAAAUGCAAGGCUGCUGUUGCCUGGGAAGCUCGCAAGCCCCUUACCAUCGAAGAGAUUGAAGUUGCUCCACCAAAGGCUCAUGAAGUUCGUGUAAAGAUUAUUUCUUCUGGUAUUUGCGGAUCUGAUAACAGUGCACUUAAUGGAAUAAUAGCAACCAAGUUUCCAGUGAUCUUGGGUCAUGAAGCUGUUGGAGUGGUUGAAAGCAUUGGUCAGGGAGUCACCAUUGUUAAACCAGGUGACAAAGUCAUCCCGCUGUUUGUCCCACAAUGUGGAUCCUGCAGAAGUUGCAAAACCGCAAACUGUAACCUGUGUGAAAAAUUUGAGUUUGGGUUUUCCGCCCUCUCAGGAGUGAUGGCAGAUGGUACAACUAGGUUUACCUGUAAAGGCAAGCCAAUUUAUCAGUAUGCCAGCACAAGCACAUUUACUGAAUACACGGUUUUGUCUGACAUUUGCGUUGCCAAAGUGAAUUGCCAUGCCCCUGUUGAAGUUUGUCUUAUAGGCUGUGGAUUUGCAACUGGGUAUGGUGGAGCUGUAAACACAGCUAAGGUGACAAAGGGCUCUACCUGUGCUGUAUUUGGUUUGGGAGGUGUUGGUUUUUCAGCAAUAGCAGGAUGCAAAGAUGCAGGAGCCUCACGAAUCAUUGGAGUAGGUACACAUAAAGACAAGUAUCCAAAAGCCAUGCAAAUGGGUGCCACUGAGUGUAUAAACCCAAAGGAUUACAAGAAACCUGUUCAUGAGGUCAUUUGUGAGAUGACUGACGGAGGAGUGGACUUUGCCAUUGAAUGUGCAGGAUACAUUGACACCAUGAUGACUGCUCUUCAAUCCACAUACCUAAGUAAUGGGGUUGCUGUGAUCCUAGGUGUGGCAUCUCCUACGGAGACACUUAACUUGAAUCCAGGUUUGCUUCUCCCAGGACGUUCACUGAAAGGAUCUAUAUAUGGAGGCUACAAGGGUGUGGCUGAUAUCCCAAAACUGGUGGAACAGUAUAUGAAUAAAAAAAUCAGCCUGGACCACUUGAUUAGCAAGCACUUAAAACUGGAUCAAAUCAAUGAAGCAUUUGAACUGAUACGCAACGGGUCAGGAAUUCGGAGUAUUAUGAUCUACUAAUCAUCCUGCAACCAGACUAUGGAUCCUUCAUUCUUCAGAUGCAUUUCCAGCUUAUGUUUAAUGAUGUAGUAGAACUAUUUUGGAUAGACAGACACCAGAGGGCUCUUGUGCAAUGGUAUAGGGGCCUCUUGACCUCCUAUAGCUCAUGACAGAGCAUUACUAGUUCAUAUGAUUCAUGACACCCAUUGACUCACUCCCUCUCAUACACUCUGAUAAAUAGUAGGAAUAUGCUUUUAGUGUUAUAAUGGGGCCUCUGUACUUACUGGACCCCUUUGCAGUAGCACAGGUUGCAGGUAUGGUAUGCCAUCUGCUGAUUUGCAUGUGUACACACAUUUCUAUAUCUGAUGUAAAAUGUUUUCUGUACAUGGUGGAAGAAUCAUUUCAUGAAAAUACAGGCUUUCAUUCAAUCUCUAUUCUGAUACUGUUAUUUCAAUAAAUUCUGGCACAAAUAA